AAUUACAUUUUUUUUCCUCAUAUGACAAACACAGACAUUCCUGAGCUCCUCCUAACCAUAUGGAAACACCUGAAUUGCGAAAUUUAACAGGUGCUAGAGAGAAUAUAAAACAGGAGAGAGACCUAAAGGGAAGAACAUCAGCAUAUUAGGUGCUUGUGUACAACAUGAUCUGGAUCAUUAGCUUCUUAGCUUUGGUGCCUUUCACUCUGGGAUGUGGUGUGCGUCAACUGAUGGUGGGUAACCCGGCAGGUGAAAUUGCCAAAAGAUCUCUUAGCAUUAAGGAUCAGCCAAGUGUUGUUGGGGGACAUGAUGCAGGUAUUAUUCGUGGAAAUGAAGCACACCCUUGGCCCUGGCAGGUCUCUAUCCAGACAUCCAGAGGUGAGCACUUCUGUGGAGGUUCCCUGAUCAGCACAAACUGGGUCCUCACUGCUGCCCACUGUUCAGUUCGGUCUGGAUAUCACUAUGUGGUCCUUGGAUUGUAUGACCGAGGCUCUAAAGAACUUGUUAAAGUCAAGAAAAUUGCAAAGGUCAUCACACAUCCUAACUACAACAAACAGACUAAUCACAACGAUAUCACACUACUGAAACUGUCCAGUGCAGUAGAGAUGACUCCCCGUAUCUCUCCUAUAUGUCUGCCUAGCUCCUUAACUAACAUCCUUCCUGGGACUCCUUGUGUCACCACUGGUUGGGGCGUAACUGAAAAUGACCCAAAUCCUCGAUUCCUGCAGCAGGCCACUCUGCCGAUAGUGAGUCAGGCUCAGUGUAGGCAGUUCUGGGGUAAGAACACAAUCACAGGCGCCAUGAUCUGUGCUGGAGCCUCCGGAGCCUCAUCUUGCCAGGGUGAUUCUGGUGGGCCUCUGAUGUGUGAGAGUUCAGGUGUUUGGUACCAAGUGGGCAUCGUGUCCUGGGGCCACAAAUCCUGCAGCACUGACAGUCCAGUCGCAUACACCCGGGUCUCUUACUUUCGAAAAUGGAUCGAUGAAAUCAUUCGAAUGAACUAAAGCACCAGCAUGUCUCAGUUUUCCAGGAUCUCCCGUGUCUGAACAUUUAGUCAUCUGUCAAGUGAUCAAACUGUGUCUUCAUAACUUUGAAACUGGAAAUACCUCAAGACAUAAUGCCAACAGAAUUAUU